GUUUCCAAGGCAGAACCAAAGUGGUCAGUCUCCUCCUCGACAGAAAAGCUAAUGUAAAGCCUUAAUGGAAGCUGCUUCCGGUGGUUUUGCAGAAGUGGGAUGAGUUCUUCUUGAUAAAGGUGCAGAUGUCAAUGCUCCUCCAGUGCCAUCUUCGAGGGAUACUGCUCUGACCAUCGCAGCAGACAAGGGGCACUAUAAGUUCUGUGAGCUGCUAAUUAACAGGGGAGCUCAUAUUGAUGUAUGAAACAAAAAGGGAACACUCCACUUUGGCUAGCAGCAAACGGAGGUCAUUUAGAUGUUGUUCAACUACUUGUGCAAGCUGGAGCAGAUGUAGAUGCAGCAGACAAUAGAAAGAUUACCCCCCUCAUGGCAGCUUUCAGAAAGGGUCAUGUUAAAGUGGUACGUUACCUUGUGAAAGAGGUAACCCUCAGAGUUUCCCUCAGACUCUGAGUGCAUGAGGUAUAUUGCCACCAUUACAGAUAAGGAAAUGUUAAAGAAGUGCCAUCUCUGUAUGGAAUCCAUUGUACAAGCCAAAGACAGGCAGGCAGCAGAAGCCAACAAGAAUGCUAGCAUCCUCUUGGAAGAGCUUGAUUUAGAAAAGCUACGAGAAGAAAGCAUAAGAUUGGCACUGGCUGCAAAACGAGAAAAAAGGAAGGAAAAUAGGCGAAAGAAGAAAGAGGAGCAGAGGAGAAAACUACAGGAAAUUGAAGCCAAAAAUAAAGAAAACUUUGAGCUUCAAGCUGCUCUUGAGAAAGAAAAGCAGAAGAUUAAAGAUGAGCCCCCAGUUGUUACAGAACCACCUAGUGCAACCACCGCUACCACUAUUGGCAUAUCUGCUACAUGGACCACUCUGGCAGGCUCGCAUGGAAAAAGAAACAAUACCAUUACCACAAGCAGCACGAAGCGGAAAAGUAGAAAGAACAAAAUAGCAGAAAACGUGCAGAUUAUAUUUGAAGAUCAGCUUCCCAUUUCCUAUGGGCAGCAAGAAAAGCAAAAUGGAGUUUAG